GUUUCUCGAUCCUUAUUUAGAACAGAUAAACAGGGAGGUGGAAUCUUACCUGUCGAUUUGGUGCAAAUGGUGUAAUUGCAAAGGGAAGUUGGGAGUACAGCUCGAUAAGGCGUCGAGCAAAAUCACGAGCAGCCAAGAAAGAAGAGAAGAAAUUGUUGCAGAACAGGAAACAAAAUCAUGGGGAGUUCCGAUCCCGACAAGCUAAUGAACAAAGCCGAUAAAUUAACAAAACUCAGUAUGACAAGGUGGAGUGCUGAUUGGAAAAGUGCUACUGAACUCUAUGAGCAGGCUGCGAAUGCGUAUAGGGUUCGAAACAACCGUGAGAACGCAAAGAUUGCGUUUGAAAAAGCUUCAAAAGGGCAAGAGAUGCUCUCCUCACCCUGGGAUGCUGCUAAGCAUAUGGAAUCUGCAGCUGCUCUUGCAAAGGAACUGGGUAACUGGACUGAAGUUGCUGACUUUUAUAGAAGGGCAUCCGAGUUGUAUAUUUUGUGUGGAAGAUCACAACCUGCAUCUGAUGCUUUAGCAAAGGGUGCCCGUGCUUUGGAAGAUAGCAUGCCAGAUCAAGCUAUCACAUUAUUCACUGAUGCCUGUACACUUCUUGAAGAGGAUGGCAGAGAACAAAUGGCCUUUGAUUUAUAUCGCGAUGCCACAAGUGUUUUUGUAAAACUAGAGAAAUAUUCUGAUGCUGCAGAACUGCUGUUGCGAUGGGGUUUGGCAGCUGAUAAAUGCAAUGCUUCCCAUAGCCAGGGCAAGGCAUAUCUUAGUGCCAUCAUUGUUUACCUUUACGCCCACGACUUCAAACAAGCUGAGAAGUGCUACAAUGACUGUUCACAAGUUGAUGCCUUUUUGAGAACUGACCAAUACCGUGCUGCUAGUAAGCUAGUAUCUGCUUAUAUGGAAGGUGAUGUCGAGGAAAUCAAGCGUGUGGCUCAGUCAAGCACUAUAUCUCAUCUUGAUCAUGUGAUUAUCAGGCUUGCUAGAAAACUGCCUACAGGUGAAGUGAGUGCACUGAAGACCGAUGCAAUGAAGGAGCAAGAAGAACCACUGGAUGAAAAUGACCUCACAUGAUUUUUGGAGUCAUUAACUCGCCUAUAUUUUCGGAACUUCUUUUUGAAAUAAUGGUUUUGUCUUGCAAUUAUAGAGUGCGAUUGCUUCUUAAGAGAUUUGUGUAUUAAAAAGUCAUCUCAUACGUGGUUUUACAAGAGAAUCAAUUAAAGACUAUUGAACAGCUGGAGUUCUGUUUGCCAGUUGCUGAUAGCACAAGCCUUGGAGACAUGUACAUAUAAACAUGGAGAAGAGUGACAAAUUUCGGUUCUGAUUUUCCCCUCGUGUA